AUGAGUCUAAUACUAGUAAAUUUAGAGUCGAAUCAAAUAAUUGAAUUAGAUUCAAAAAAUUCAUUCGUAUUAGGUCGAAAAACUGUAGAUGAGCUUCACACAAAUCCAUGUUUUUUUACAAGAAAUGGAACACCUCCUGUUUUGCAACUUAAUAAAGAUGAAGAAGAAAUUUUAAAAGUUGGUGAUUGCAUAGGAUUGUUACCUGAUGAUUAUUGGUUCCAGAUAAAAACAAAAGAAAAGCAAAACAACAAAGAAGUUGAAAGUGUACAGUUAUCGAUAAUUGAUCACAAAAGUGGAAUAGAGAAAUUAAAUGAUUAUCGUUUAAACAGCGAAUCAAGUUUUAAAAAUGAAAAUGACACUAAAUUGAAUAUGUGUGAAAACAGUGAUACUUUGUCUUCUUUAAAUAAUAUUAGUUUUGAUAAGAACAAAAGUGAUGUGAUCAAUAUAAAAGAAAUGAGUAGAUCUAAUAGGCUAGGAUCUCCUGAUUUUGAAAAAACUCGAAAAUUACCCUUGCAUAUGUACGAUAUUGACCAUCCUUGUAGUUCAUUACCUUCAUUAAGUCAAAAUUCUAAUAGUAAACAGCUGGAAGAACAUGUUAAGAAAAAAAUUAAAAUAGAACCAAAUAGUGCCUGCUCUUCAAUUGACUGUCCUGCUGCUUCCAUCGAAAAUAAUAAUUCAGGAAGUAAUACUGAUAACUUUGAUUCAUAUGAAUCAAAACCCAUUACAGAAAAUAUUUGUGAAGUUGUACAAAAGACUGAAGAUAAUAUUGUUCAAAUGGUAAAUCCAGGUGAUCUAAACACAUCAAUUAAAGAAUCGAAAGAAAAAAAUAAGACCAAUAAUCUUGAGUUUAGUCAUCCGGGAGAUGCAGAUUUUGUUCCUUAUGAAAACAGGCCCAUGUGUCCAUAUGGUGCAUCAUGUUAUAGAUUAAACAAUAAGCAUAAAGUAGAAUUUCGACAUCCUGCAGGAAAUUCUAAUAAUCAUAAUUUAGAACAAAAUGAAUCUACGUCUUAUACUUGCCGUUCACCAGGUGAGAAACCUCCUUGCAUUUAUGGGAGUAAUUGUUAUCGUCGUAAUUCUACACAUCGCAAACAAUUUUAUCAUCCUCCCGAAGGCUACAUUUGCUGUUUCCAUCAUGAUGAAGACGAAGAAGUAGAAGACCCAUUUUUAACCGAUGGAUCAUCGGAUGAAUAUGUGCCGAUACAAACGGAUGAAGAUUUGAGUGAUUUUAUUGAUGAUGAUUGCUAA